AUGAUGGGUAAUGUUCAAAUUGCUUUCGAGAAAAAUCGUGAUUUUCUUUCAUUAUCUCGUCAUGAUCGUAUAACACUACUUCGAUCUACAGUAGAAUAUACAUCAACUAUUGGUAGUAUGUUCACAUUACGUCAAUACAAAUUAUUUGACUAUCCACCUUUUUAUGAAUCUGCUGAAAUGAUAUUUCAACCAUCUGCGACAAUCUUUAUCAAACGUGUUAUUGAUCAACUUGAUUCAGAUAAUACAUUUAUUAAAUUAAUAUUAGCAAUAGUUGCUUUCUCAACAAUCAAUUAUAUUGUAUACAGAAAAAAUACUGAAAUAGAUAUGGCAAAUAACAAAGUAAUAUUACCUUUUCAAGAUAUGUACACAGAUUUAACAUGGCGAUAUCUUCUAUAUAAAUAUGAUCAUCAUGAAGCUGUAAAACGGUUUUUAAAUCUUUUAAGAUGUUUAUUUUCUGCAAAUAAGGCAAUUGUUGAAGCAUAUGAAGCACAAAAAUUUACAGAUAUAAUUGAUUCGAUUAUUGAACAAACUGAACACACACUCUCUUUGUAAUUAAAGAAUUUUUUAAAUGUUUUUGUUGUCGUUUACGUCAUCACUAGUUCGUAUGUAUGUAAAAUUUACAUAAAUAUAAAAUAGAUGCUAUUUAAUUCUUAAUUAAGACAUUUAGUUCAUUUUUUUCGUAAAAUCAAAUACUCCUAUGCAAUUAAUAAAGGUUUUUAGGUUUUAUAUACUUGCUUUAUAAAGUGAAUAAUUUGAAUCGUCUAUAUACGAAUAACCUUUCAAAAGAUUUUCUUAACAAAAAUGUUUCUAACAAAAUAUUUUUAAUAAUAAUUCUGGGAUGUAAAUUUGUCAACCAAAUAUGCAAUGUAAAAAGAAACUUCUAGUACAUAAUGAAUUUACUUUUAAACUAUAACACUUGUGUUUUAUCACGCACUCAAACUUUUGUAACUAUUGUACCACGAUAUAAGAAAAAACAUGUGUCAAUAGCUUAUGAUGAUAAUCUAUAUGAUCGAAUUAUUAAAAUCUUGCAAUAUUUGAUAAAAUAUAGUAAUUUGUUCAACAACUUAAACUUUGUAAUUCCCAAAUAUUUCGAUAAUCUAACAAAUAGUCUUUAUAAUAAAUGAUAGCACUUUAUUGAUGGAUAUUUCUUUUGUUACUAAUACAUUCGAUAUUCAUUUUAAUUGAUUUUCGUUUUGCAUUCGCACAUCAUUUUUGUGCAAUUGGGUACAUAUAGUUACAAUCAAAUUUUAUUUCUAACGAUAGACAAUGGUAUCUAUAGACCAAACAUGACUAUUUCUGAUUUUUUUCUUUCAACCCAGACAAAAAAAUAAGGAAUAUAGAUGACAAUCAGUAUUUGAACAUUAGCUGCAAAGCAUAAACAGUAUUUUAUGUACAUGUACAUAAUUCUAAUUUAGUAGGCUCUGUACAUCACUAUGUCAAAGCAUUCAUAACAUUGAUAUACGGAUUAAGUGUGGUGUCAAUAUGAGUCAGAGUUGGAACCGAUCAGGAAUAUUCGAACCGAUUCGGUCCGGCCAGUGAUCGACCGGUUCCAAAAGUUUUUCAGACCAGUAAAUACCGGCACAAAAACCUGCCGGUUCUAAACGCUUUUUCAGACUGGUAAAAAUCGGCCGGGUUGCCAAAUCAUUUUUAAUCGGUUAAAGAAAAUGGCUUUCAAACCAUUCAGUUUCCUUUUUUGCUUCUAUUUUAGGAAGCUUUAAGAGAAAAUAUCAUGUCAUAGCCGUUUAUGUUUUUAAGGUUUCUCAGAAAUGAAUAUGUGAUGUUUCUUUGACGCAAAAAAAAGAGCCAAUUUACCCGA